AUGCUCUCUGCUACCCGCCUCUCCGCGCUCCUCUGCCUCGCGCUCACCUUCUCAGUCCGCGGUGCGCCCACCAGCACCGGCACUCCGGACCUGUCCAUUCGCAGCCCUCAAAGCCCCACCGAUAUCGCCUCCGUGCUCCGCGAUAGGCUCCACGACCACCUCUCACAAAUCCUACGCACCCUCCAAUCCCCCACUCCGACUGCGACGAGCGCGCCCGCCAAGCGCCAGCUUCUUUCCUCGCCGCUCGAUCCCCGGCCCGACCCCCUCACUGCCGAGGCUGCUAUAGAUGCGUUUGACGAGCGGGGCGGAUUCGUCAGUGUCUCUCUUCGGGGAUGA